AUGUUCGACCGGAACAAGGUCAGCCUGGACUUCCCGGGCAAUUUGUUUGGACCGUCCGUGUCCCUCCUAAUUCGCACCACUAAGGUCAUCGGCGAUGUAAUACAGAAUUCAGCGGUGCGCUACCAGAGCUUCUUACGACUUUUCCGGCCCUUGUUCCGCGGACCCUUUGAAAUUAAGGGUCUUGACCCAGCCACCACAACAACAACUACUACCACCACCACUACAACAACCAGCGCACCAAUUAUCGGCGACAACGAAGUGCGUCGAUGA